CCCAUUUCUCGACCCUUCUUCAUCACGAUGAUGUUGAUGAUGAUGAUGAUGUGAAAAGAGACGAAGAAGAAGACGAAGAAGCGGAAAAAUAUUGUGCAUACUUAUGUUCUUACAAAUUUGAAAGGUGAGAUGAUAUUAAUGUCGGAAAGGAAGAAAUCUAUCCGUUGCUUGGUCACCUAGCAACAUUUACAUGAUUUCAUAGAUUUCCUCCUCCUAUGUCAAAUAUUCCAAUAUCAACUAUAUAAAACGAUUAUUUAGAAUAUAAAAUAUUAAAUAAAAUAAAAUGAAAAAAACAAAACAGAAUAUUGAGUUUCAUUUUAAUCGAAAUAAUUCAUCAUUUGUUUUAUAUAAGCAAUUAAGUUUCAUAAUCGUCUAGACAUGAGAAUGAGAUAUGUAAUGAUAAAAAAGAAGAAGAAGAAGAAAAAAGAAAGAAAGAUUUUUUCCUGUUGAUUUCUAUGAAUUAUCUAUAUAUGAUGUGGAACUUUAAUUCUUUAUUUCUCUAUCCCAUAUUUAUGUUCAUUAAAUUCCUACAUGCGCUUUCUACCAGCGCCAGUUCGAUGUCAUGGUGAUUAUUGUCUUAUUUAAUAUGUAUUAUUAUAUAGAUGAUCUUUUAUUAUCAUCAACAACAUCGACCAUGACGUCACCAAUUAAACUUGAAAAUCAUCCAAAUCGACAGCAGCAUUUACACCACCAUCAACAACAACACGGAACUAUGGUUAAAAAUCUUCAUUUAUCUGAAGUAAUUACAACUGCUGCUGCAAUUAAUCCUAAUCAAUAUAAUGGUAUUGGUGGUACACAUCGUCAUAAUGUUGUUGAUCCAAUUGAAAUGACAAAAUUAUUAAGUAAUAUAACAACAACAAAUAAUUCGUCAUCACAAAUCAUUCCAACAUCUUCAACUAUGGAUAAUUCAAGUCGUUUAAAUCAUUUUUCAUGGGAAGAAAUUGAAGGACGAUAUUUACCAGUUAUUUUCAGAAAUGAAAAUGAUUGUUUACAACGUUAUACAUCAAAGAUGUUUGUCGAAAAUACAUUAUUUCAAAGUGAAUCUUGGCAACGACAUGCAGUAUUAGCUCGUUCGCUUCCACCAUUAAUAUCAUUUCCAUAUACAGAAAAUGAAUUAAAACUAUUUCGUUUAAUUGUUGAAUGGCAUUUAGCUAGUUUUCAUUUUAAAACUAUUCUACCAACGGAUUGUCUCAUACGUUUCGAUGAUCUUCUGGAUUUCUAUGGAGCUUUAAGAAAAUUACGAGAUACAGUAUCAACAACAUCUUUUAAUCGACCAUUACCACCUCCUCCACCACCAAUUCCAGCAUUAAUACCGAUGGGACCACCAAAACAACGUUUACCCCCAUCAACACAUAGUCUAGCACAAUCAUUCGAAUUACCAACAAUGGGUGGUAAUCAAUCGAUUAAAUCCCAUAUACAUCAUUCUCAUCCAUCAUCUACAAAAAUCUAUCCACCAACAGUACAUCAUUCUCAUUCAUCAAAUUAUCUAUUACAACAAAAUGCUGAUAUUCUUGCUUCAUAUCCUAAUCAAUCAUUUAAUUAUAACUCUGUACCAUCAAAAUCGAAUGUACCUACUUUACCAUCAUCAUCGUCUCAAUGGAAUGAAGGAUUAUCUACUAAAACGAAUGAUAAGAUUCAUCCAACACUUCCAAGACAUCCAAUUCCUUUGAAUAAUCCAGUAUCACAAGAACAAUCCAUGCGUGAUAAACGUUUAUUAGCACAAAAACUUUCUCAUCAAUCCAUUGAUAAUAAUAAUAUUUCUCGUGAAGGCAAAGAAUCAGGUUGGGUACAAAUCAAUAAUGUUUUUGUUCCUUAUAUUGUAAAAAUAAAAUUACGUGAAAAUGAACUUGAAAAAUGUACAAUACGUCAACCUCCACCACAAUUACAACGUGAAUUUUAUGUUCCAUAUGAAAUUUUAAUUAAAUGUCAUAUAUUUUCUGAUAAUGAAUUUGCAUUUAAAAAAUUUUUAAUUAAAGCUACACAACAAGAUUUUGAUAUAUUCAAUAAUCUUAUAUCAAAUAUAAAUAUAUUCGAUGAAAAAGUUCCUGAAAAAACUUUAUUAGUUAAUCUCUAUCAUGUUAUGAUUGGUCUACAAAAAGUUUUAUAUGUGAAAUUAUUAGCAACUAAACAACCACGUACACAAGUUAAUAAAUAUCAUGC